AUGCGUAUUCAUCUUUCGGAGGAGGAGAAGAAACGUCUUAUUCAUGAUGAGAGAGAACGGCGGAAGAUUGUCAGACAACACCAGGUUCGUGUUCAAUCAGACGCUUUCGUAAGAAAACAAACGACAGAGAUGCAGAAGAAGAAACAUGCUCUUGAAAAUCGAGUUAGGACUGGCUUAGAAAAAGCUAUCAGUAACAAAAUGGAGAAUCUAGUAGAGAGCAUACGAAGAUCAUCAGGUCGUAGAGCAUCCUUAUCUAGCGUUUCUAGUAAAUCUACAACAAUAUCCAAAACGAAGUCCAACGGCGAUGAUAGAUCAAUCUCGUCAAGACUAAGACGCCGCCCUCUUACGAGGAUUGAUGCUGUGGUAGCUGAUCUACGUGGGAAAGAAGCUCAAAUAAAGAUGAUGAAUGAAAAAAAUUCUCAGCGUGAACAACGGGACAAAAAUUUACAAAGAAAGCAAUCGGCAAAAGAACAGGCAAACUUGGUUAUGAGACAUGGUGCUCUGGAUGUGCCUAACAGUAGGUGA